UUGGCACGCAGCCCUUCAUUCUCCUUUUUGUGUAUCCGUGUAUUUUACUUUACGUGUGUGAAUUAAUGUCGGCAUACUCUAGCCAGCCGCCAAGCCAUGUAAAAUAACAGAAACCGCUAAAGAAAUAACUGGGUGCGACGGUUGAAGUUAACUGGCAAAAAAAAUAUACGUUAACCAUGGCGGUGGUGGCAAGUUGGUGGCGGAUGGCACGCAAGACCGGAUAGUUGAAUUCAGCGCUUUUGGAGGAGAAUGGGUGUGUGCGGAUAGCAUUAUUAUUCAUCUCCCGGACCGAGUCGAGGACGUACAGCGUCAGGUUAGAUGUAAAGUUGAAAGUCAAGCGCAGGAGAAAAAGGGGAGUCUCCGCCCGGAGGGAGAAGAGGGGGCAUGACGUCGAGCUCUUGUUGGCAUCUUAGUUUGUGUAAAAGCCACGAGUUCGAUGUGUUCAAAGCGGGGAGGGGAGCCGUGGCAGAGUGGGUGGGAACAAUGGGAGUAUUUGCGGAAAGCAUGAGGGUUAUUUCAGUAUAAAGUCUCUGCCGGCGCUGCCGACAGCUCUCGCCAGUCUCCCCAGUCAGGUAGAUCCAUCCCCAGUCUGGACAGCAGGCUCUCUUCAUCCUGUACAGUUGGACCUUUUCCCUGUUGGAGGAGACAUGACUUAGCCCGAUAUUCGACCAGCUUCGGUCCGCACCGCUUCCUCUCUGAAGUUUAUUGUUGGCCACUGUUCUACUUUGCUGCUGUAAGGUAGAGCAGCCCCACUCUGUUCAGGAGGCAGUGACAGACGGACGGAUAGACUGCCCUGUGAAGUGUCCUCCUUUUCAUGGAUGCCAGGGUGGCCCUGCUGCACUUAUGGACAGUCCUUGUCCUCCUGAUAGCAGAACGGCAAUGGAUUGAUGCUGCAGAGGUCUACACAAACGCUUGGGCUGUCCAGAUUGAUGGGGGGCCGGAGGAGGCUGACCGCAUCGCCAGGGAACAUGGUUUCAUCAACCAUGGCAAUGUUUUUGGAGAUUAUUAUCACUUCAGGCAUCAUGCCGUGGAGAAGAGGGCUUUGUCUGGCCACAGGGGGAUGCACAUCAGACUGCAGAAAGAACCACAGGUCCGGUGGGCGGAGCAGCAAGUGGUGAAAAGAAGAAAGAAGCGGGAUGUCUAUGAAGACCCAACAGACCCUGAUUUCCCCAAGCAGUGGUACCUGUCCACCCCAACACAUCAAGACCUGAAUACCAAAGUAGCCUGGGCUCAAGGUUAUACAGGAAGAGGUGUAGUGGUGACUAUCCUAGACGAUGGCAUUGAGAAGGACCAUCCUGACCUCAUCAGCAAUUAUGACCCUGAGGCCAGCUAUGAUGUUAACGACGGAGAUGCUGACCCCCAACCAAGAUACACACAGCGAAAUGAGAACAGACAUGGAACUCGAUGUGCAGGAGAAGUUGCCGCCGCAGCCGACAACGGUGUGUGUGGUGUAGGCGUGGCCUACAAUGCCAAAAUUGGAGGAGUUCGCAUGUUGGAUGGGGAGGUGACAGACGUGGUGGAGGCCCACUCUCUUAGCCUCAAUCCUCAGCACAUACACAUUUACAGUGCCAGCUGGGGCCCAGAGGACGAUGGCAAGUCACUGGACGGCCCUGCCAAGCUCGCCAAGGAGGCUUUCCUCCAGGGAAUCACCAAGGGACGCGGCAAACUAGGCUCCAUCUUUGUGUGGGCUUCAGGGAACGGUGGUCGGGAGCAGGACAGCUGUAACUGUGAUGGCUACACCAACAGCAUAUACACCCUGUCCAUCAGCAGCACCACGCAGUCCGGCAACGUGCCGUGGUACAGCGAGCCCUGCUCUUCCACCCUCGCUACCACCUUCAGCUCUGGAAACCCGGGGGAGAAACAGAUAGUGACCACAGACCUGAGGCAAAAAUGCACAGACUCUCACACAGGGACGUCUGCUUCGGCUCCACUGGCUGCCGGGAUCAUCGCUCUGGCUCUGGAGGCCAACAUGAACCUGACCUGGAGGGACAUGCAGCACCUGGUGGUGAGAACGUCCCAGCCCGGGCACCUCAGCGCCGUAGACUGGAAGACCAACGGAGUGGGACGCAGAGUGAGUCAUUCGUACGGUUAUGGACUCCUAGAUGCAGGUGCGAUGGUAGCUUUGGCACAGAACUGGACCACGGUGGUACCACAGCAUCAGUGUGUUCACACCAUGCUCGCAGAACCAAGAGACAUCGGGAAUAAGCUGGUGUUCAGCAAGAGCGUGGAUGCCUGCUGGGGACGACCGGAGUACGUCAGCUCUCUGGAACACGUUCAAGCUCGCCUCACUCUGUCCCACAACCAGAGAGGAAAAUUGGCCAUUCAUCUCAUCAGCCCACUGGGCACGCGCUCCACCCUGCUGUUCCCCAGGCCCAAUGACUUCUCCUCAGAGGGCUUCAACGACUGGGCCUUCAUGACCACCCACUCGUGGGACGAGGACCCUCAGGGGGAAUGGACCCUGGAAAUUGAGAACGUGGCAGCUAAUGGACGAGACUAUGGUGUGUUGAGUCAGUUCACCCUCAUCCUGUGGGGUACUGGACCCAGCGUCGUCAACCCCUCGUCAUCUGACUUCCCGCGGCCGUCCAACAACAGCUGCAAGACCUUUGAUGCUCAGCAGAUCUGUAUCGAGUGCAGCCCCGGCUUCUCCCUCUUCCUCCAGGGCUGUGUGAAGUUGUGUCCGCCGGGCUUCACCUCGGGGCCGCAGCUCCUCAACCUCUCGCUGGAGAACUGGGUGGACCUGUCCUCCGUCCAGGCCUGCCUGCCCUGCAACCCCGCCUGCCUCACCUGCUCUGGCACCGGGCCGACAGACUGCCUGUCCUGCCCGCCUCACAGCCACCUGGUCCUCACCUCCUGCCUGCACCAGAACCAGGUCCAACGUAAAUCUCCUCUAGCUGGGGGAGUCCAGGGCGACGGAGCUCAGCCGGAGGGGGGGAUCCCAGCGGCGGACGAUGAGAGCGGAGAGGACGAGGAACCCCCGGGGCUCGGCGUAGCUCCGGCCACUCAGCUGCCUGCCGUCGUGGCCGUGCUCAGCUGUGCCUUCAUCCUGGCUGCCUUCAUUGGGGUCUUCCUCUCAUUACAGAUGCGCUCAGGCGGCGCCUCUUUGGGCUGGAGGACCAAACUGCCCUGUGCGUAUUCAGAGACGAGGGGGGUGCGGGUGGGCUUUGGUUUUGGAUUCGGCCAAGGACGGGAGAGGAAGGCGCGAAUAUGCUACAAGGGGAUCCCCACUGUGUGGGGGGAUGAGGACAUGAUCGCCUACCAGUCUGAAUCAGACAGCGAGGAAGUGGACGGUCACAGCGAGAGGACAGCUUUUAUCAAGACGCAGAGCUCGAUCUAACCGAGCUGACAUCUGCUGUAGUGGUGCCUGACACCACGACAUCCUGCAUCAGAAUUAGAUGUGACUGUAUGGAGCGGGUACAUUAGGGAGAAUCACACAGGCUCAGAAAAAACACAAAGCGCAGGCCUUACUGUCCCAUCAGCAGCCCGUCCAGAUGCAUUACGGAGUCAGUCUGUUCUUUUUUCAUCUAUUUAUUUGUUAAUUUAUCUUAUUUGAUUAAUAUUUUGAUGUCCGAUGUAUUCAUUAUGCAUUUGACGCUUCCUCACCAGUUCAAGGUGUUAUGCAACUGCUUAUUUUUACUUUAAUGACCUUCCUGACCUUAUUCUGUCCCAUUUAAGGAGUUUUUGAGGAGUGUUUCAGAAAUGUUGUUCUGCUCUCCCACAAAGUAUGGGGGCUCACAACAGGCAAAAAGGUCAAAAUCAAAGCAGCAGAGGCUGAGCUAUCAUGACUGCUGGUCAAAAGCCCCGAGUCCUACGUUUCCCACAAUCCAACUCAAUAGCAUCAUGUGUUAGAGCCCUCCUGUGGGUACAUGUCUUUGAAGCACCACAGCUUUAGUAAAUGUAGUCUCCAAGCCCACUAACCAUUCAGAGCUCAGAAUAACCCUCGUGAUAUCUUUGCUGUUAUUUUCUCAGCCUUAUCAAAGCUCCUUCAGCACUAAAGAAGAUAUUAUAACUGUUGUGACGGGCUGAGAAGUGCUCUCUGUGAUGAGUAAACUGAACUUGAUGUGUAAAAUGAGCGGAGUGUCCCUCUACACCAGUAAAGUGCAUUACUUUUCCAAAUAUGCAUUGAUUCAUCCCCAAUGCAAACAUCUGGCACAUCAGCACAGGCACAGUCUGAUUAAAUUGGCGCUAUAUUUGAUCAGAUUCCUUUCAGAUUGCGGGCCAGGGGUCGCAAAGUCGACAUGCUGUUCAUUAAUAGUAAGAAAACUUUAAAUUGAGGAUUUCUGCAGCGUACUGGGACAGCAUAAUAAAACAUCCCUCAAGCUGUUUGAUAAGCGGGAAGCUGUGGAGGAUACUCUGUUUUCAAUCAAGGCACAGUGGGAAUUGCCACGGCAGCACAGACAUAUCAGAUUUAUCAGUCACAAAAUCUCAUUGACUUGUAGAAGAGCAGUCCUGUUUUUGAAUUAAAUUUAGAAAAGGAAAAAAAAAAAAAAAAAACGCUCAGCCCAAAGCUUCUUGGCUGACCUUUACAACAUGUUUCUACUUGGUUGCAGCUGGUAAGAAAUAAGAUCAUUUUCUCUUCAUUUUCCCCACAGAGCACAUAUUGAUUUUGGGGCUUCUCUCCCAGAACGUCUUCAUCAGUUGUAAAGCUCUUUCCCUUUCGAUUGUGAGCGCCAUACAUCGAACCACAAACACCUGCUUUAUUUCCCAUCUACAACAACGAAAACUUGCCGCCGUACAAGCUGAAUCAAAGCCGUCAGAUCUAAUGCCAGAAUGGCAACAUUGAUAAAGAAAUGAAGAGAUCUUGUCUCGCAUUUUCUAUGUUUGUUUUAUAUCCUUUUUUAUUUAACUGACAGUGGAUGUUAAUAUUGUGGAGAUCAGUUUCAUGCUGGAAUAAAAUGACUUUGGCUGUUGCAUAGA